CGGGAGGGGGCGGGGGGGGAUUGGAGUGCGGCCAGUCGCGCGCUGUAGGAGCGCGGCGGUUGUUUCUAGGUGGGAGUGUGACGUAUUUGCGAAACGAAAGCAUUUGGGAAACGGCAGGUAAGCUGGAUCGGCGCCGUUGCCUCGGAAACCUUGUCUCCUGCCUGUCCUAUAGGGGCCACCCUGCCACCGCCUGCCUCGAUGUUUUUCCGGAUAGCAGCCUCCUAAAAGCCCGCACGCAGGUGAAGGAAGGAAACUGGGAAAGACUUACGUCCUUAGUGGUCUUCUGUUGAUUACAAGUCCCUUGCACAUUUUCACCCCGUCCUAUCGAUGGUGGAAAUUAAAAAUAAGACAACAUGAAAGAUACAGAAAUAAAGAGACUGCUGACUGCUAAUGUCAUCUGUAUCUUUUCUGUUAUUGUAACUACUAUUGUUCCUUCUUUGUUCUGGAAGAAUUUCUCAAUUCUGGACACACACUUGAUAUGGCUAUGCAUCUGUUCAGCAAGUGUUGGUAUUAUAAAUAUAAUUGUACAUAUGGUUUUUAAGCCAUAUUUAUCUACAAGAAGAUAUUCUCUUGCUCACAAGGCAACAAGAUUUGUAAAAUGCUGUGUAUACUUCUUCAUAUCUUGUAUCCUCUUCCAUGGAAUUAUUGUUCUUUAUGGAGCACCGUUACUAGAAUCAGUCUGGGAGACCUUCUUAUUUGCAGUUCUUUUAUCCACCUUUACAACUUUGCCCUGCUUAUGUUUGCUGGGACCAAACUUUCAAAUAUGGCUGAGAGUGUUCAGUAAAAAUGGGGCUAUGUCCAUCUGGGAUAACAAUCUCCAGAUUACCACAAUAUGCAGUGUGGUGGGAGCCUGGCUUGGAGCAUUUCCUAUUCCAUUGGAUUGGGACCGUCCAUGGCAGGUGUGGCCCAUUUCCUGUUCACUUGGAGCCACCUUUGGCUACGUGGCCGGUCUCCUUAUUGCAUCUUUGUGGAUAUAUUGGAAUAGGAAGCAGCUUACAUACAAAAGCAGAUAACUGGCGCAAGGAGGAAAGGCAUUUUGAUUGUGAGAUCCCAUGAAGAUUGCACAGGGCUAUGGUCAAAGCAAAAGGCUUUCCAAAUCUUUUCAGAGCAUUGUUGGGCUUUACUCUUCUUUUGUUUUACAGCAUGGUCAACAUGCACUGGCAAUGUGAUCAUACAUUUGUUGUAUGUCCUAAACUACAUUACUCCUGAGAGAUUGUACAUUCCUUCCCAUAUGAAUAAAAUCUUCACAGUAGAUGAUGCUUA